AUGUCUGCGUCCAAAAUAAGUUGGGGGGAAAUAUCGGCGGGGAAAUGGGCCCGAGACUUCGAUCCACUCGAAAAGACUCAAAAUCAUCUUUCUCUGGCAUCGCCUUCGAUGUUACAAAUUGUAAUGACAGUAGGAGCUACUCUGCCAGAGUCUGAAGUAAUCGGAAAUAUUAAGGAUGCAUGGAUAGCACUGCGAUAUGCUCACCCUGUGAUUGGAUGUACCAUUACCGCGACAGGUCUUGAAUACGAAGUACCAAAUGCAGAGGAGCUUCAGAAAUGGGCGGACGAAACAUUGGUAUAUGAUAACUCCGGUAGAAGUGGUAAAGAGCUGCUAUCCGAAAAAGUCUUAGCCAAUGCGCCGGCCGCCCGACUGUUUUUUAUGCCUGACCGCCGCGAAAUUUUCAUUAUUUUGCGUCACGACAUAACCGAUGGGACGGGAUCUUUGAUCCUCCUAAACCACCUCCUCAAAAUCCUUCGUCAAGAAAAAGACGUUCCCAGAUUCGGCGACGAGCCUACCCGUUUGGCUCCCUCACUCACCGAGGUAAUGCAUGCGGAAAACUCCUCUAUCGAUGCGACUAAGGAAGCUCAUUUGGUGAAAGAGAAAUACACCAGUCAAAGAGCCAUGAGCUUAACAACAAAACCAAAUCAAAGCAACACGUCAGGAAACCCAAUGGACUAUGUGCACGAGUUCUCUGAGGAGGAAACUUCAACUAUCCUUAAGGCUUGCAAAGAGAGAGGGAUUACGAUAAUCAAUGUAUCCAAUGCUGCAAUGGCAAAAACGCUCUUGGAACUUUCGGGAGAGGAAUCCGGAAGGUUUUGUUCCAUCGGGGCUAUCAAUUUGCGAGAUGUACUUCCAGCACCAUACAACACCCUGGAACGUGGUGUGGGAAAUCUUGCGAUACCAACAUUUCCCGCGUUUCCAGUCACUACCUCCAGUAACUUCCUCGAACUAGCCAGGCGAGUCGAGGGGCUUCACAACUAUUGGAAGUAUAAGAAGGAUGCCAUCGAGUGUGUUGGAGCAUUACCAGGACUCGUUGAAGAGGGUUUCACGACCGCUGCUAAAAAUGGUAUUACACUUCCAUCAAUUGUUCCAGUGAUCAGUCUCGGAAUCGUCGAGAAAUAUCUCUCUGAACCUGUGCAAGACUUUUGGUUCAAUGUAAGGUUUGCAAUGUCAAUGUCCUCUAUGUACAUAUAUACUUCGGGUGGUCGCCUAAGAUUUGUACUUUGUUACAACUCGGGGUUUCACGAGAAAGAGAGCAUUAAGGUCCUCGUCGACACGGUGGUACGUCAUGUGUACCAGGGUCUAGAGUUGGAUCGUUGA